AUGACCACUCCAAUUUCUGACAAUGUCCUCAAUCCAACCGAGCCUGAAGGAAAUCUCUCAGCCCUCCUUCAAUCCUUUGCCAUGAUCAUCGUCUCAGAAGUCGGCGAUAAAACAUUUCUCAUUGCGGCUAUCCUCGCUAUGUCAAAUCCUCGUCUAAUCGUUUUUGCAGGAGCUUUUGGCUCUCUUGUCGCUAUGUCCAUACUCUCUUCAGCCAUGGGUCAUAUACUUCCUACACUUCUACCAAGGCGCUGGACGCAGCUCGCAGCAGGCAUCCUGUUUCUAGUGUUUGGGACAAAAAUGUUUAUUGAGGGGAGGCAAAUGAAGGCUGGGAAUGAGAAGACGCAAGAGGAGAUGAAAGAGGCUGAGGAGGAAAUCGAGGAAGACGAGGCGAGACAUGAAGGGAUACCCGCUGUAGAUCCAGCUUCCCUCGACAACGGCUAUCUGGUGCCGCUGGGAAUAAUAGAAGGAGGACGUAGUCCGGUCUUUGCCUCCAAGGAUUCCACCCUCAAACCGAAACCGAAAAAGACCUCUCUGGUCGAAGGUGCACGGAAUUUCUGUAGUUUGUUCCUUGGGCCAGUGUUUGUCAAGGCUUUCGCAUUGACUUUCUUAGGCGAAUGGGGAGACCGCAGUCAGAUCGCCACGAUUGCAUUGGGAGCUGCGCAUAACGCGUACCUCGUCGCACUCGGAACUAUAAUUGGCCACGGGUGUUGUACGGCUGCUGCAGUUAUUGGAGGUAAAUAUGUGUCUACCAAGAUAUCUGCGAAGCAUAUUACACUUGGAGGCGCAGUUCUCUUCUUAUUAUUCGGAGUUUUAUAUUUGUACCAAGUAUUUAUGGACUCCACCGCGGAUGAUGUAUCGAUACCUAUCAUUAACCACCCAGAGGAUACGUAG